CCCAAAUGCAAUAAUGCUCUCCUUGACAAACAAAUACAAAACAAUAAUAAACAUCAUCCCCUACAAGACAUUCAAAUUCCCAUCUCAAGCCCAAAAAUCACAGUCGAGGCCCAACAAACUCCCCCAAACUCCCAUCCUGUCCAGCCCACUCCACACGGUCUCAGCUGACACCGCACCUAACCCAUCGCGUCUCCCCCAGCUCCAUUUAGGAAUCUUGGCUGUACAACGGCGUCUGGCACAGCAGAUUUUUACUAAAUGCUUCCCUCACUACCUCACGCUAUGUUCCGAACGACGCAACGCGUAGGAAGGUCCGGGGUCUUGGCGAGGGAGUUUGAUGAGGGGGUAUUUAAAGAGGUGAUGGAUGCGUCCUUCUAUGUCGGCGAUUGAAAAUUGAGGAGACGAUACCUACUUACCUUUUGGUGUGAGGAUAUCGUGAUCGCGUCGAGUUCAACAGGGAAAUCUGGGAUUCUGUUUUAGGGAAAGGAGUUUAGGUCUUGAGAAAAGAAUAAGAGGUUGGAAAGAGAUUGGAAGGAGACAAGCAAGCAAACAGUCCUGCCUGCUAGGAAAUCAGAUUGCCUACCCAGAAUCGAAAUCACGUCGAACUCCAGCAAACCACUUCAUAUUCCAUCCACCUCCGACAUAUCCUCUACACUACACCACUACACCGCGCAUCUCCAUACACCACACCACACCACACCACACCACCUAACCCAACUCGAACCCCCCAAAAUGCCACCCAAAUCCAAAACCAAAACCAAACCAAUACCCUCCACCACCCAAUCCACCCCCCAAACCCUCCUCCUCCUCUCCCAAAUCUUCGCCACAAUCCUCCUCUCCUUCGGCCUAAACGCCAUCUUCCGCCCCCUCUCAGGCCUCUCAUUUUUUGAACUCUACCCCUCUUCAUCCCCCUUAACCCCCGCUUCCACACACGAAACAACACUCAUCACCGCCCUUAUGACCGUUUAUGGGAUAAGAGAUGUGUUCAUGGCUGUGGCUAUUUACCUAGCUGCUUAUUAUGCUGACGGUACGGGAGGGAAUGGAAACGGUACGGGAGGUAGCAGUGGAAAUGUAGCAGGGAGUGGGAGUGGAAAUCCAGCAGGCAGGAAAGUCCUAGGCGGGUUGUUGAUAGCUGCGAGCGCAGUGGCGUUUGUGGAUGGUGCUGUUUGUAGGUGGAUUGUAGGCAUGGGGGAGUGGGGACAUUGGGGGUAUGCGCCGGUUUUGGGGGUGCUUGGGGGGUUGAUUUUUUGA